GUUGCGCUGAUUUUGAAAAUUGGAAAAGUGUUUUGCCGCAUCAAUGAGAUCAUGAAAACGUCCUAUUGUUUAUAUUCUAAAUAUGUAUAAGAAAUUUAUAUUCAAUAAUAUUUAACAAAGAUAUAAAAAGAAUUGUGCAAGCACUGGAGAUUCCCUUGGUUUUGUGGCCAUAUGCAAAAACUACGGAUUCCAGCGAAAGUGCAGCCCUUUGCAAAAGAAAUAAUUGCAUACUUUAAUCGUGUUUCAACACCGGUCACCAUGGAAAAUGUUCGCUUUUCCAUAAUUGAGAAUGAUCUCAAAUGGCAUUCAGAGAGCCAUGACACAAACGAUCUCUUCUUUGACAAGCGUAGCAUUUCCAGCGAGAACAGCAGCAAUAGCGAUGCAGUUUUUAGCGAUGAGGCGCACGAAAUCUUUUUGUGGCAGCAACAGCAUCAAAUGAUCUGGGAUCAACAUGAAAUCGAGGAGACACUCAGUCUGACACCGGGUUCGCUUGCAAUAUUCGAAAUGGUCAAAUCAAAUUGUUUUAUAGAACUUAUUCCCGGCUCUAGUGAUGCCAAUUUGGCUCUACUCUAUUCCUCCAUCUAUGGUUGUAUAGAAAAUGUUCUCUUUUUGCUGGAUCGCUAUUCUGCCGACCCGAAUUGCAAGGACUUGCGUGGCCGCACUCCGCUCCAUUUCGCUUGUUGUCGCGGCAAUGCACACAUCGCCAAAGUGCUGUUGGAUCGAGGCGGCGAUCCAAAUCGCUACGAUGGCAAAAAAGAAGUUACACCCUUACAUUGUGCAGCCAGCGCAAAGAGCGUGGAAUGCAUUUUGCUGCUUCUGAAACGGAAAGCGCACAUCAACAUUGGCAUUGAGAAGCGUUCGGCGUUGCAUUUCGCUAUCGAUCGCAAUGCGGUCGAGUGUGUGGAGACACUGCUCAAAUAUGGUGCGGAUCCCAAUACACCACAGGUAUAUACGGAAACACCUCUACACACUGCUUGCGCAUUGGGCUUCAGCAAAUGUGUGGAAUUGUUAUUGAAUCAUGGCGCAGAUGUGCGCUCCCAAUUCGGCGAAGGGAAAUUGACAGCCUUGCACUUGGCCGCUGAGAAUGAUUACGUUGAAUGUGUCCGUUUGUUACUGGAACAUGGCGCUGAUGUGGAUUGCCGUAAUGCCAGCCAUCAGACUCCAUUGCAUUUGGCCUGCCUAUCACAAUCCAUUGAAACUGUCGACUUGUUGAUUAGGCAUGGUGCCAAUGUGAAUGCAAUCUAUAGAGAUGGUCGCACAGCCCUGCAUGCUGCAAUCGUCAAGCAAUCACGAAGUUUGGACUGUUGCAAUGCAUUGCUGAAGGCGGGUGCCAAUGUCAACAAAGCGGAUAAUUUUGGCUAUACACCGCUACAUAUCGCAGCUUUGAAUGAGUUCAGCAAUUGUGUGUAUACUUUUAUUGAGCACGGCGCUGAUAUAACAGCACGUACCAUGGGUAAUGUAUCGGCCUUGUCUUUCAUUGUGCGGCGUACUCCAGAAAUUAUACCGAAACUUACGGCCAAAAUGGAUAGUUCUAUUAAGGUGAACGAUCAUGAAAUCGGUGACGUUGAUUGUGAGAUUAAAUUGGACUUUCGUCUAUUGGUGCCGCCAACAUCUUUGGAACGCGGAGAGACUGAAUUACUAUUGUCGCUGAUCGAAGUAGGCCAGAAACGUUUAUUGAUGCAUCCUCUAUGCGAAACUUUUCUCUUUCUAAAAUGGCGACGUAUACGAAAAUUCUUUCUGAUGAGCCUUUUAUAUCAUGCAAUUUAUGUGAUCCUAUUUACAAUGUACAUUGUGGGGGUAUAUGCACGCAAUUGUGAUAAGAAUCCGAAAUGCGAAGCGCCGGGAUAUAUAAGCACAGUGGGCUAUUUCGUUAUCAUACUGAAUUUAAUAUUGAUGGGGAAAGAAUGUUUUCAGAUGGCGCACGGCUUACAAGGUUAUGCGAAAUAUUGGGAAAAUUGGUUGCAAUGGGCUAUUGUGUUCGGUGUUUUGUUAUGUGUGACACCUGAGAUUUUGGUGCCGAGCAACUUGUUGGCAGUGCCAACGUGGCAGCAUCAUGUGGCAGCUAUUGUGGUGUUAUUGGUUUGGCUGGAGUUAAUGAUGUUGGUGGGACGUUUUCCCAUAUUCGGCGUGUAUGUGCAAAUGUUUACAAAAGUUGCCGGUAACUUCUGCAAAUUCUUGCUGGCCUACAUCUGUUUGCUAAUCGCUUUUUGUCUCAGCUUCUCUGUACUCUUCAAUGAUUAUCCACCGUUUGAAAACAUAACUUGGUCACUACUCAAAGCCAUUACAAUGAUGUCCGGUGAAUUGGAGUUUGAGGAUAUAUUUUACGGCGAUAUACCAGUGAAGUUUCCUGUCACCUCACACAUUUUGUUUCUCUGUUUUGUUCUACUCGUCACAGUCAUACUUACCAAUCUAAUGGUAGGCUUAGCUGUUAGUGAUAUUCAGGGGCUGCAAGUAUCUGCUACAUUAGAUCGGCUCGUACGUCAGGCGGAACUAAUUUCACGACUAGAAAGCUUAUUCUUUUCUCGCUUACUUCGGCGUGCGCCAGUCAAGCUAAUGCAACUUUGCAAGCGAAGUGCACUGCUGCGCACUUCACGCAACAAAUUACAGUUCAUGACACGACCAAAUGAUCCGCGUGACAACCAGUUGCCCGAGGAUAUCAAGUUAAAUAUUUACAAACUGGUAGCGGAAAGGCGCGAUCGAAAUAUGAGUUUACGACGUCGCAAGCUCGAAAGCAAUUACAAUAUGUUCAAUCAGAGCUUACAGCGGCAAUAUGAGGAAAAGAAACGCUGCACUGCCAUACCAGUGGGGUUGUCGGCUGAUAAAACGGCGGCCAUUUCAACGCCAAAGAACAGUAAUGUGAAUAAUAAAAAAUUGUGUAAUGACCUUAAAGAACCGAAUAUUGCAAUGACCUCCCGUGAAAAUGACUGUCUCCUACGUCCACGUUCGGCUACGAAUGUACACGAUCAGUUGAUGGCCGAAAGUGAGGUGGCUGUAAAGUUGAAAAGCCAGGUCAAUGGCAUUUCAGACGUGCGCGCCGAAGUUUUGUCUCUGCGCGAGCAACUACGUGAGAUCAGCCACAAAUUGGACAGUUUUGCGGAAAGCGCCAGCAAGAAGCUAACCUUUACAGCUGAGGAAAUGUGUCGGAUAAAAAUUCAUCUUGAGCAAAAAGCAUCCUUUCAGUAUUGACCAGCGGAUGAGUUACUUUUCAAAAGCUGCAUAAUAAAAAAGCUUUAAGUUUUUAAUAAGAAUACGUAUAAAAUUUAAUGAAAUAGGUUAUAAAAAACAAACAGUUAAAUGCAUAUGGUAGGUACAUAUAUAUACACACACCUACAUACACAGAUGUAAUGUGCAAUGUUUGUUUAUUAUUUUCGCAUUGAAUUGUGUACAUCAUUAAUAAGACUACUCACACACGUGCAUGAAAAUAUAUAUGCACAUACAUACAUAUGUAUUUUAACAAGCCUUUUUAUUCGUGCAUGUGUAGUGAUCAAUUAAAAUAUUAACUCAUA